AUCCGGAAAUACUCUCAUCCACCAUCAAUCAUGUCGGGUUUCAUCCACAAGGCCGAAGACGCUCUCCAUCUUCACCACCACAAGGACAAGACCGAGCACAAGCACGAAGAUGCACAUGAGCAUCCUCCCACUAUCGGUCGUGAAGGCCACGAGCACACCCACCGCUCUCACCCCCCUCAGAACAAGCAUACGCACCCCCACCCCAACGAGGAGCAGAUCGCCCGCGACGAUUUCCGCUCUGACAGAGAAUAUGACCGUGCGUUGAGGUCUCCGCACCAUGGGCCUGGAAUUGGGUUCGAGGCGUAGGAGCUGGAAUUAUCAAGAUUCUCAUGUUUAACUUUGAUGUUCUAAUGAUCAUAACGCCAUCUUACUGAAUUUGCUCGUUUCAAUGCAUCUAGUGUAGGAAAUUGCAAUGCUAAGCCUGGGGAAAUCCCGAUACCCCGCCUCAGGAUCGAGUGGCUGCUUCUGGAGGCAGGUAGAGCGAAGCUAUACCCCGUUAGGAAUCUUAUUGUAUUUGUGGUGAGACCAUUGAUGGCGACUGAUUGGAUCAGUUUCAAUAGAAGAUUAGUAUGCAGUUGGACUACCGAACUUUAUUUCAU